GCGGAGGCGUCCCUGCCAGAGGCCCUGUGCCCAGCGCCAGCGUUCCGACUGGGGCCCGGCGGUGCCAUCCCCGUCUACAACCUGGACCUCCACGGGGACGCCUGCGCCGACGAGCUGCGGCGGUACUACGCCAUGUGCAGUGGGGCGACCGGGCUCCACGUCACGACGUCCUGCUUCACGUCUUGGCGGCAGCACAAGAAGACGAACGCCUACGGCAAGGUCAUCCCGACUGUCCGCACGUCGUCGGCGCCCUCGCGCCCGUGCCGCGUGUUCUUCUUUGACGACAACCUCGAGCUGGACGGCCUCCAGGGCAGCUCGGGCAUCUGCAGCCUGCGGGACGUGGAUAGCGGCGAGUUCGUGGACUUCGCCGCCGGCAGGAACGGGUUCGAGCUCGGGCACGCGGGGCGGCACACGGCGAUCCUGCACAGCCGCGAGUACGGCAGCGUCCUCGUGAAGGCCAACAUCCUCGACGCGAUCGAGGACCCCGACUACUUCACGCGCAUCGUCAGGGAGUUCUCCGCGCCCGGCGAGAAGGCGGUCGUGUUCAUGGACGUCAACUCGACGAUCGUUUGCAACGACUCGGUGCAGAGCAAGGACCUCUCGGCCUCCCUCCUCAGCACCAUGUUCGAGCUCAUGGAGCUCAGCCCCAGGGCGGCGUUCGAGUUCGCGUGGGGCUCGUGCCCCCCCGUGAGCGUCCAGAAGAAGCAGUCGCUCAAGAAGCUCGUGAAGGACGUCACCGCCAGCAACGGCGACGCCUACCGCUCCUUCUUCUCCGAGGCCACGUGCUGCGGCUUCAUGUCGGAGCUGCUGGCGUUCGCGGACAUCAGGUGGUCGGACGCUAUCGAUCCGCUCGGCGUGGACGACUUUGUCGGUAUGUUCAAAGAGUACAUGGGCACGAUCUCGGGUGGUAUCGACAGCAACGGCAUCACGCAGAGCUGGUUCCGCUGCUUCGGUGCCCUCGGCGGAGAGCACGCCCUGGUGCUGAAUUCCUUCGGGGUGGACACCCGCAAGGUCAUCCUGGCCACGAGCCCAGACGAAAGCAGGGUCGCGCAGAUCGUGGUGAAUUACGAGCUGUGGGACAGGCGCGACGUGGAUAAGUUCGAAAAGCAGUUCUGCGACGAGCCCUGA